AUCACGUUUCCACAUCUUUUUACUUCCUUUCAAGGCGUCUCUCCCAGAAACGCAACCUAUUUGACCUCCGAAUCAUAUUUGGAAACGAAAAUGUCAUUCGCCGAGUCUUGCACCAAUAUUCGACUUGAGGACGGACACGUCCUGGUCUGCCAUGCACAGAACCGAGAAGGGAACUGGGUCGACGCCAGGCUGGACCUUGACCACUGCAUUGGGAAUUCAGAUGGCUGGUUCAUGUGGGAUGGCGUGAACUUCGCGCAGUCGGCGAACAAUAUUACACUGGAAGGAACUCAUCUUACAGCCGACCUCCCGAAGAGAGAUGGAGGCUAUAGGGAAAGACAGGGUAUUAAUCUCGGUGAUCGAAUUGGUAAUGUUGAUGGUAGACUGGUGUUUAAUUAAGCCAUAAGAUAGGAUACGCUAUCUAGGUCGAGGGAAUUUCGAAUGAUCUUUCACUCGCACUUUCAUCACAAUCGCGCUUCCUGAUAGAUAUAGAAUGGAGUCCUCAUUAUAGGGCUCUCUUCCCACUUGUGCAACGGAAGGAAUCGGAGAAGGGUUAAGGAUCAAGGCAGGAAACGCGGCGAGAACGCCGACGGAGUACCUUGACGCUAGGACGGAGUUCGAUUUUGUUUCCACGGUCCAUUUUCAACUGAUUGUCGGACUUCAAAUAGUCCAUGGUGUUGUGUCGAGCUUGAAAGUAGAAGUAGAUCUCAGGUGGAGAGUAACAAUCCUAAUGGCGAGCUU